CCCUACUAUUAAAUACCACUCAUGCGAUGUGUUUAUUAAUUUUUUUACGAAGAUGAAUAUAUCUGGUGAAAACAAUUUAGCAUAGUAAUUAUAUAAUUGUAUAUAUAUAUAUCUACCUAUAAACAAAUUAAUAUAAAUGUGUCCAAAAAAAUUUAACAUAAGUCAUAGUAGUUUAGUUUUAUCUACAUGGGUGCUAGAAAACAAUAUAAGUUGAUUGCCCAAUGUAUAAUGAGCAUAAUUAUUUUACAUUAUUUGUGAAGUAUUUUUAUUAAAAUAAUUAAUUUAAUGUAGGACCAUAAAAAGACCAUACAUUGUCCUGAUGGAUUUGGAAAAAAGAAAGAACCUAUGGCCAUUUAUAUAGAAAAAUUAGGUGAUAACUCGCGCCGAAACUUAAAUUUGGACAAUAAUAAUAGUUACUCUUUUCAAAUUAAGUAUGAAGUUUACUUGUGUAAAAAAAAAUUCUCGCUAAAACAUGUAUUAAUUUUAAAUGACAAUUGAUGUGUAUUUUAUUUGUUCUUUUGUUGUUUGUUUUUUUAGAAUUACAUAAACACUCUGACUAAUAAUAAUGUGAUAUUUUUAAUGUGAUAUAUAAAAAGAAGUUGUGUUCACUAAUCUUUCCAAAAAAAUAUUUAUCAUUUAUCUAUUAAAAUAUGUGCAAUCUAUUAAAAUAGAAUCACAAAGUUGGAUUCAACUUAAUUCUAGAUAUAGUUUUCUUUAAACUAUAUUUUAUAUAUAUAUCUUAGUCUAUACUAUUACUAAUUAUUCACAUUUAAAUAUAACCUAAUUAUAGCUACAAUUUUUUUGAAAUAGUACGAAUUUCCAUAUUUUACUAACUAAAUAUUUUCAAAUAAUCAAUUAAGAUUUAUUUAACAUCUGAUAUUAUAUUUUCUAAAACUUUUUAAAAGCAUUUCUAAAAUCUAGUCAAAAAUAUUUACAUUCAAAUAUUAUUUAGUAUAUUUUAAUAUGAAUAUUUAAUUAAAAUUUUCUAGCGUAGGAUCAUAAAAAGACCAUACAUUAUCCUAGUGGGUUUGGAAAAAAGGAGAGAACGUAUGGCCAUCUAUAUAAAGCAAUAUUAUAGGGAAAGAAGCGAUUGAGAAUGUUGAAAACGAUACAAUAGACGACUCGUUGUCUCGUUGCAUUGAAUUAAGAGAGCCCCACACUCUCUCCCCCCAACGGCCCUCUCCGUCUUCUUCGAUCCCUCCACAUACCCAUUUUUAGCCAUUAAAGCACUCACUCACCUCAAAACUCCAUAUCUCAAACGACACACGAGGAAGAAAAUGUCGAACAAAUCCCCUGUUUUCCCCAUCCCUGACUCUCAACACUUCAGCGAUUAUGGCUUUAACUACUUUCAGGUUAUGGAAGAAGCGAGAAAGCACAAGAGAGAAACGUCAACGAAGUCAUCCAUCAUCAACAGUCUUCACUUCAAGAUCCAGAAACCCAUUUCAAAAGAUGACCCGACCCGGUCCACAAUGCACCACAACAAGAGGAAGAAACGGUGGUGGUGGAAGAAGGCUUUACCCUUUUUCAAAUGGCGCAAAUGGCCAAUCUCCACCACCGUCGCCGUCAACGAAGAUUGUCGGGUCAGGAACUUUCGCGCCGUAACCGGUUCGAUGUCGAUGUCGAGUCCGGUUUACUCAACGGAGAGUCGAACCGGGUUUGGCAUGCCGUACCGUACGACGACGAGUAGACCUUCGUCGGGACCUAUAGCGGGAACAUUGACGCCGGCGAGGAAAGGUGACGUGGCGGUGCCGUAUUUGAGUCUACGAGAGCAUAAUAUGGAGCAGCAGCAGAGGAUCUCUAUCUCUUCUUCUCCCAUUUACUUGGUCACGUAAAAGUUAUUAUAGUAAAUUUAAUAACAGUGUGAUGUUUUUAAAAUUUUCUGCAAGAGGUGGUGAAAGCUGUAAAGUUUCAUCUGUCUCACGUGAAACAAUAUUACUAGUUGGCAUUUUAGAAAAUAUAGAAUAUAUAUACAUGCAUGCUGCUCCCUGCUUGUAUUAACAUUUUAAAUUAUAUUUAGUUGGAAUAUUUUCA